AUGACGAAUGGCGAAAGGCAGAGCUUAGAUGACGAAAGUUUAACGGCUCAGGUGCCAUCCGUCCUGGCCCCUUUCAACUCGAGCCAUUCUGUUGUUGUCGGAGAAAACACCUAUCACUAUCUGCGAGCUCGGCCCUCCGGCGAACCUAAGGGGAGUGUUCUUCUCCUGCAUGGAUUUCCGGAUCUUCCAUACGGAUGGAAAUAUCAAGUGCCGCUAUUUACCUCGCUCGGGUAUCAGGUCAUCGUUCCCGAGAUGUUGGGGUACGGACAGACGUCUUCGCCGAGCGAGUUAGACGCGUUCUCCUUCGAGCACAUGUCUGAUGAUCUAGCGGCGUUACUAGACCAAAUCGUUCCUGAUGAGCAGGUAAUCCUCGGCGGCCACGACUGGGGUGCUGGCUUGCUAUGGCGGUUCGCCAUACAUUACCCUCAACUCUUCAAGGGGAUCUUCGCCUUAACAUAUCCUUACUUUCCCCCGGUGACCGAAUACGUCGACUUGGCCGACCAAAUUAAGGAUGGGAAGUUCCCGACCUUCAAAUAUCAGCUACAACUACGGGAUCCCUCGCUUGACCGACAUUUUCAGAGCGAAGAGGAGAUCCGACAGUUUCUAAUAGCGACACAUGGGGGCCUAACCCCUGACGGCAAGUCUGGUUUCAGCCCUGAGGGUAUUGCACUCGAAAAUCUACCUUAUCUGCAACCCGGCGCUCUCCUUAACGGUACAAAUCUUGAUUUCUAUGUCUCGGAGUACCAGAUCAAGGGUGUCAGGGGUCCUCUGAGCUGGUACCGCACAGCUAAAAUCAAUUUUGAGGAUGAACUGCCAAUCGCACAAGCCGGCGGCCAUAGAUUCACCAUGCCAACCCUUUUCGUCCAGGCACUCAAAGAUGCUGUGCUCGUUCCAGCCCUAUCCGAAGGCAUGGAAAAGUACUUCGACAAGUUGACGAGGGCAGAGGUAGACACUGAUCAUUGGGCCAUGCUCGAAGACCCAACCGCGGUGAACAAGGUCAUCCAAUCCUGGAUUGAGACGUUUGAGUAGGGGACAAUUAGUCUGGUUAUUUUAAAG